CGAUUACAGCUCAGCAGUGCCAACUCCUCCAGCAAGCCGGAGCUACAUUCAAAACAGCCUUUAACGCAACAAAAGGGGGUACACCGGAAAAUGGUCACUUCUAAGACAACGCUUUGAUGGAAGAAGCCUCUAAGUAUCAUGCCUACCAACAAGCUAUAAGAUGACUACCCCAAGCAAUCAAGACCAACCCAUCCCUUCUAAUAGCUCACACCCAGACGAAUACAAAAUCGCGGCUCUUGUCUUCUACAGCUGUAUAUUCCUGGUUGGAUUAUUUGUUAAUGUUACUGCCUUAUGGGUUUUCAGUUGUACCACCAAGAAGAGAACUACUGUAACCAUCUAYAUGAUGAAUGUGGCACUACUGGACUUAAUAUUUAUAAUGAGUCUACCCUUCCGAAUGUUCUACUAUGCAAAAGGUGAAUGGCCAUUUGGAGAGUACUUCUGCCACAUUCUCGGGGUUCUUGUAGUGUUUUACCCAAGCGCUGCUCUCUGGCUUCUUGCUUUUAUCAGUGCCGACAGAUACAUGGCCAUCGUACAGCCGAAAUAUGCCAAAGAACUUAAAAAAACAUGCAAGGCCUUGCUUGCCUGUGUAGGAGUGUGGAUAAUGACCCUGACAACCACUGUCCCUCUGCUGCUCCUCUACGAAGACCCAGAUAAAGCCUCCUCCCCUGCCACCUGCCUAAAGAUCUCUGACAUCAUUCACUUCAAAGCUGUCAAUGUGCUGAACUUCACUCGACUGAUAUUCUUCUUCCUGAUCCCUGUGUUCAUCAUGAUUGGGUGCUACUUGGUCAUCAUUCACAGUCUCCUCCAUGGCAAGACAUCUAAGCUGAAACCCAAGGUCAAGGAGAAGUCCAUAAGAAUCAUCAUCACGCUCCUGGUGCAGGUGCUCAUCUGCUUCCUGCCCUUCCACAUCUGCUUUGCCUUCCUGAUGCUGGGUGGGGAAGAGAACAGCUACAGCCCAUGGGGAGCCUUCACCACCUUCCUCAUGAACCUCAGCACGUGUCUGGAUAUGAUCCUCUACUACAUUGUUUCCAAACAAUUUCAGGCUCGGGUCAUUAGCGUCAUGCUGUACCGCAAUUACCUCCGGAGUGUGCGUAGAAAAAGCUUCCGAUCUGGGAGUUUACGGUCACUUAGCAAUGUGAAUAGUGAAAUGUUAUAA